AUGAAUCCUUUCAAUUAAGAGGGAUUCAUAUCUGUAUAAAUAUUUUAUAUUAUAGGAAUCUGAUUAAGAGAGUGACCGUCUUUCAAAUUUAGAUUCACAUGGACUUUCACCAAUCAUGAAAUCUCUUUCUAUUUAAUAUCAGGAAGAAUCGUUUGAACUUCCUGUCCAAUUAAAUAUAAUGAAAUCCUAUGAUUUACUAUGUCAGAAAAAUUAUUUCCAUAAUUUAAAAAUCAUUAUUAGCGUAUAGAUCAUCCUUAUCACAAUUGUUCCCUUAAUUAUAAAGAAUAAAUUGCAGCAAAUAAUCUCGAGAAGCAUAAGCAUGGCUUGA